UAUCAAACAACAGAGAAAGCACAAUAAGCCAAGAUUCAACCAAUGAAAGCAUUGCGGGUAUGGAUGAGGGACAUGGACUCUGCUCCUGACUCCGUUAAGACAAGGUAUUUAGAGAAAAAGAGAAGAGAUAGUUGGUGUGGUGCCUGUGUUUGCAAUGUUUACCUGGCCGAAGGGGCUGCUGCAGCUGGUUCUGCUCCACACCGCCUGGAAAAUGGGGAGCGGCCAGCUCCAUUAUUCUGUGCUGGAGGAAUCCCAGCGCGGCACCUUCGUGGGCCGCAUCGCCCAAGAUCUGGGGUUGGAGGUGAGCGAUCUGGUCCCUAGGAUGUUCGGGAUGCUGUCCAAAGGAGAGAAGGACUAUUUUGAGGUAAACAUGCAGAACGGGAUCUUGUUUGUAGAUUCCCGGAUAGACAGGGAGGAGCUGUGUGCCAAGAAUGCUGACUGUGUUGUUCAUCUGGAGGUGAUUGUAGAGAAACCUCUGAGAUUCUUCCAUGUGGAGGUUGAGAUCAAAGACAUAAAUGACAAUGCUCCCAUCUUCUCUGAAAGGGAACAGAUUCUGAGCAUAUCAGAAUUGGUAACAUCUAGUACUCAAUUUCCAUUAAAAGGAGCCUCUGAUGCAGAUAUUGGUACCAAUGCUCUGUUAGCAUACAAGCUUAGCCCAAACAACCAUUUUAUUCUUGAUUCAGGAGCUGAUGAAGAUGAGAGUAAGUCUGUAGUACUUGUAUUGAAGAUUCCACUUGACAGAGAGGAGAGCCCUGUGCAUCAUUUAGUAUUGACAGCCACAGAUGGGGGUGAACCCAAACUCUCAGGAACUGUUCAGCUAGUGAUCCAUGUGCUGGAUGUAAAUGACAACCCUCCCAUAUUUAACCAAUCUCUUUACAGGAUAAAGUUGUUGGAAAAUACAGCUAGUGGGACAUUAGUUAUUAAUCUGAAUGCUACAGAUUUAGACAAAGGGAUUAACAGAGAAAUCUCCUAUUUUUUUAGUGAUAAUUUACCUUUCCUUUUCACAAAGAUAUUUAGUAUAAAUUCUGACACUGGAGAAAUCAGGGUGAUUGGAAAAUUGGAUUAUGAAGACACAAAGUUCUAUGAACUUCAGAUUGUUGCAGAAGAUAAAGGCAGUUCUCCAUUAUCUGGACAUUGUAAAGUUCUUAUUGAAGUAUUGGACAUGAAUGACAAUAUCCCAGAAGUAUCUCUGAAUUCUCUCUCUGUGCCAUUGCCAGAAGACUCCACACCAGGGACUGUGAUAGCUAUCAUCAGUGCUUCUGACAAGGAUUCUGGUACCAGUGGACAAGUAAACAGUUUUCUGUGGCCCACUGGGCUACCCUUCAAACUAGAGUCCACAUUCAAGAACUACUACUCCCUGAUUGUUGUUGCACCCCUAGAUCGGGAGCAGGUGGCUGAGUACAGGAUAGUAGUAACAGUGCAAGAUCAAGGCGUUCCACCACUGUCUUCUAGCAUCAGCCUCUUAGUGCCUAUCAGUGACAUAAAUGAUAAUGCUCCAGCAUUCACACAGCCCUCCUACACAGUCUUUGUGAAGGAGAACAAUCCCCCUGGUGCUCACAUCUUCACAGUGUCUGCCUCAGACCCAGACGUAGCUGAGAAUGCCCUGAUCACCUAUUGGAUAGAUGAGAAGCUCUGGCCGUUGUCCAGCUACAUCUCUGUACAUUCAGAGAGUGGAAAACUCUAUGCUUUGCAACCUUUGGACUAUGAGGAGCUGAAACUGCUGGAGUUCCAGGUGAGAGCCAAGGAUGCUGGACUACCUUCCUUAUGUGGCAAUGUGACUGUUCAAGUCUUUGUGAUGGAUGAGAAUGACAAUGCACCUGCUGUGUCAGGAUCAUCAGAAGACAACCUGAUUCUUCUAGUAGUCCCUGUGAUGCCUGGGCAUAUAGUAGGCAAGAUCCAUGCCUUGGAUGCAGAUUCUGGAUACAAUGCAUGGCUAAGCUAUGAGCUGGUUGAAGAAAGCAGUGUUCCUUGGGUCGUGGGGCGUUAUAGUGGUGAGGUGAGUACCAAAUAUUCUCUGGAUGAAACAGAAGAAGGCAAAAUCCAGAGUGUGCUGGUUCUUGUGAAGGACCACGGGAAGCCUGAACUGUCAGCGACAGCUACCCUGGGAGUGUCACUGGUGACAAGUGCCCAUGCCAUCAAAACAGAUAUUCACCUCCCCAGGUCAGGGGAGAGCUUCAUGCCCCUGGUGGACUCAAUCAACAUCUAUCUCAUCAUUGCCAUUUGCUCUGUUUCCAGCCUGUUCCUACUGGCCAUUCUCAUAUACAUGGCUCUGCGAUGCCACUGCAAGGCAAAAGAAACCAUGGUGUAUGGUCCUGGCACGGCCACCCUGGUCUGUGCCAAUGAAGUGGGCAGCUGGUCUUAUUCCAAUCGCCACAGCCACAUUCUGGCAGGUGUGAGCUCAGAGGCUGGUGUCAAGAGUGAUCUCAUGAUUUUCAGUCCCAACGUUCCUGUUUUUGCAAAUAGUGGUGAUCUUAGGAACGGGACAGAGAUGCCCCCAGAUUCAGCUAAAGAGGUGAGUUUUCUGGUUUUGGCAUUUUUGACAUUCAUUCAAAAUCAUAUUUCUAUGGUAUCAGUUUAG